AUGUCGCAACGUGUAGGCAACACAUCCCUAGCCUUUGCUCGUGUAUGGCACCAGGUCGACGCGCGUGAGCGUGUGCUGGGCCGCCUUGCCCGCUCGAUUGCCGUGACCCUGAUGGGCAAGCACAAGCCCAUGUACGACCCAGCCGUCGAUGCCGGCGACUAUGUCGUCGUGACAAACGCCUCGCAUAUCGCCGUCACAGGAAAGAAGGCGGAACAAAAGCUGUACCGUCACCACACCAUGUACCCCGGUGGCUUGAAGGAAAUCCCGUUCAAGGACAUGCUACAGAACAAGCCGGAACAGAUCAUCCGACGUGCCGUGUCUGGUAUGCUACCAAAAAACAAGCUUCGCGAGCGUCGUCUCGAGCGCCUCAAGAUCUUCCCUGGCGAAGCACACCCCUACGAGGCCAAGUACGUAUCUUCGUCUCUGCUGACCUCAGCAUCGUGA